CGCGCACCUAAAAUGGCGAUCGUGUCCGUGAGGAGUGACAAUUUCCGGUUCGGCUGGGAAGCCGGAAGUAGCACAUUAUUGUGGAACCCUUAGAGAUAGUGUGUGGAGAGCCGCGGAUAUCAGUAACGGCUUCAACAGAGUCACGUGACAGAAGAUUUCACUGACAACCGCCAGCUAAUAUGAAUGACACCAAUGAAAGAAGAAGCAAUGAGCACUCAGAGUCUCAGAGCAACGGGCAGACACAAAGCAGCUCCCAGCAAGUACUGGAACAGGACGAGGAAGAAGAUGAAGAACUCACCUUGAAAUAUGGAGCCAAGCAUGUAAUCAUGCUUUUUGUCCCUGUUACACUGUGCAUGGUGGUGGUUGUUGCAACCAUCAAGUCUGUCGGCUUUUACACACGCUAUGAUGGGCAGCUAAUCUACACCCCAUUCACAGAAGACACAGAUAGCGUUGGACAGAGAGCCCUGAACUCCAUACUCAAUGCGGCCAUAAUGAUCAGUGUAAUUAUAGUUAUGACCAUACUGCUGGUGGUUCUGUACAAAUACAGAUGCUAUAAGGUCAUCCACGGCUGGCUCAUCAUAUCUUCCCUUCUAUUGCUUUUUUUCUUCUCUUAUAUAUACCUUGGUGAAGUGCUUAAAACCUAUAACGUGGCUAUGGAUUACAUCACUCUGGCUUUAAUGAUCUGGAAUUUUGGUGUAGUAGGAAUGAUAUGCAUUCACUGGAAGGGACCCCUUCUCCUACAGCAAGCCUAUCUCAUCAUGAUUAGUGCUCUUAUGGCUUUGGUGUUUAUUAAAUACCUUCCUGAGUGGACAACUUGGCUCAUUUUAGCAGUGAUAUCUGUUUAUGAUCUCGUUGCUGUCCUGUCUCCAAAAGGCCCUUUACGUAUGCUGGUUGAGACUGCUCAGGAGAGAAAUGAAACCCUUUUUCCAGCAUUAAUUUAUUCUUCUACAAUGAUGUGGUUAGUGAACAUGGCAGAUGGAGAUCCAGGUUCAAAGCAAAGUGCCUCGAUGAAAACAUACAACACACAAGCUCCAACUGCUCAGCCAAGGAGUGAUUCUGCAGCUUCAGAUGAUAACGGUGGCUUUGAUACAGCUUGGGAGGAACACAGGAAUGCACAGAUUGGAGCAAUUAAUUCUACUCCAGAAUCAAGAGCUGCCAUCCAGGCUCUUCCGAGCAAUAGCCCCCCCAGUGAAGACCCUGAAGAGAGGGGAGUGAAACUUGGACUGGGAGACUUCAUUUUCUACAGUGUACUUGUUGGGAAGGCAUCUGCCACUGCUAGCGGAGACUGGAACACUACCCUAGCUUGUUUUGUGGCCAUACUGAUUGGCCUUUGCCUUACGCUACUUCUACUUGCCAUCUUCAAGAAAGCAUUGCCUGCUCUCCCCAUCUCUAUAACUUUUGGACUUGUAUUUUAUUUUGCCACGGACUACCUUGUACAGCCAUUCAUGGACCAAUUGGCAUUCCACCAGUUUUAUAUUUAACCCUCAUGACUAUCCAUUCCCCAGGGUCUAAAUUCCCCAUCACAACUGUAUCCAAGCAAAUAAAGAAGAGCAUUUGCUUCCUGCA